AUGUCAAGAUUUGCAGCAUGUGCAAUCUGCACAUCGGGGCAUAUCAUCGUCCGCUUGCAGCAGGACAUUCAAGGCCAGCUGAAAUACGCGCAGGCCUCCAGACGGUCUUCUGUACCUGCCGCGGACUGGAUCAGCUUCACAGUGUUCAAUGCUCUGCACAGACCCCUCACCGAAGGCCAAAGAGAGGGCAAUGAGCACGAUCCCUCUAUAGCCUGGCAUGCUGAGGUUCCUUCACACGAUUGUACCCACCAAUAG